GCGCGGCAGGCUGCGCGAACAAUAUAAAAAUCGAACCAAAUGUUAUCCGACGCAAAUCUAUAAUCGUCGUCCCUUAUAAAUGUCAGCUUCGUCUGAAACAAACGCGAAAAAUAUGCCGAAGGACACGGAAUUAGUAAAUAAAAACAUAAAUAUAGCGACUAAAAGUGAUACUAUGAAUAGUUUAAUUGAUAAAAACAAUACCAAAAGUGUGAGUGAUUCAGAAACGAUAAUAAAAGUUAAAAGUGUUAUUCCCAGAAAAAGACAGGAACUACUGAAAUGGUAUGGCUGGGGGUACAAAGAUUCAAUGUUCAAACUGGAAGACGGUCACGCCACUUUUACGGGCAACAGAUACUUAAUCGGUGGUAAGACUCUACCACAUUGCCUUCAAUGGGUUAAUGAAAAUUUCAACGUGGAUGUAAACAAAACUCCGAAGAUUCCACAGUUACCUGACUCGUAUACAAAAAGCAGACUACCUGAUAACGUUAGACAGGAGUUGGAGAAGAUCGCUCUCGUCAGUGUGGACGGUUUGGACAGAUUGAUCAGAGCACACGGACAGACGCUCAAAGAUAUAUCAUUGUUAAGAAGUAACAGCUUCAAGAGAAUACCUGAUGCUGUAAUAUGGCCUGAAAGCCACGAACAAGUGGUACAAAUCGUGCAGUGCGCGUCCCGGCUUCGUUUCGUGAUCAUCCCGUUCGGCGGCGGCACGUCGGUAUCUGGCGCGAUUACCUGUCCUGCAGACGAGCCGCGACCGAUAGUCGUACUGGAUACGAGCGAUAUGAACUCCAUACUCUGGAUGGAUAAAGAACAAUUGCUGGCUAGAGUACAGGCUGGUAUCGUAGGCCAGGAUUUAGAGCGAGAGAUGCGUGCCCGAGGGUUCACAGUGGGCCAUGAACCAGAUUCCUACGAGUUCUCAACGUUGGGAGGAUGGGUUGCUACACGCGCUAGUGGUAUGAAGAAGAACACGUACGGGAAUAUUGAGGAGCUGGUGGUGCAGACUAAGGUGGUGACACCAACAGGGGUGAUAGAGAAGAGCUGCCGCGUGCCGCGCAUCUCUUGCGGCCCAGACUGGGAGCACGUCGUCAUGGGCUCAGAGGGAUGUCUCGGUGUCGUCACUGAGGUGACGCUAAAGAUCCGCCCUCUGCCGGCGGUGGUGCGGUACGGGUCGCUGGUGUUCCCCGACUGGGAGUCAGGCUUCAAGUUCGAGAGGGAGGUGGCUCGCCAGCGACUGCAGCCCUCCAGUAUACGACUCAUGGAUAAUGAACAGUUUCGUUUCGGUCACGCGGUUAAGGCGGAAUCGUCUUGGGGUGGUGUGAUUUUGGACGGGCUGAAGAAGUUUUACAUAACUUGCAUCAAGGGCUUCGACCCUCACAAGCUGUGUGUGGUGACGCUGCUGAUGGAGGGCAGCAGCGACCAGGUCAGCGACAGAGAGAAGAAACUGAACGCUAUUGCUGCACUGUUCGGGGGUAUACCGGGGGGCGCUAAGAAUGGAGAGGUCGGGUACACGUUGACCUUCGUCAUUGCUUAUAUACGGGACCUGGCGCUGGAGUACGACAUAGUGGCGGAGUCGUUCGAGACGUCGGUGCCGUGGGACCGCGCGCUCGCUCUCUGCGACAACACGAAGCGCCGCGUGCGACACGAGUGCGCCCGCAGGCACAUCCACCGCUUCCUCAUCUCCUGCCGCCUCACUCAGACUUACGAUGCGGGAUGCUGCAUCUACUUCUACUUCGGGUUCAACAGCGCGGGAUGUUCAAUAUCCCAUCAUCACGGUGUAGGCAAGUUGCGUAAGAAGUGGUAUGAACAGACAGUGAGCUCGCCAGGUCGCAGGCUGCUGCUGGCGGCCAAGCAGGCGCUAGAUCCAGACAAUAUAUUUGCCUUAGGCAAUAUGGCAUUCGAUGAAUACACACCCGAACACAUCGUCAACAGUAAAUUAUAAUUUAAAUAUAAUUAAUGAAUACGUCAAUUAUAAUUUUUUACACACUAUUUUGGAUGCAGUAAGGGGGCGUCCAUAAAUUACAUGAGGUGUUGAAGGGGGAGGAGGGGGUCGAGUCAAAUCUCAUCUAAUCUUACGUUGGGGGGGGGGAGUCUGGACAAAUAUCACGCAAUUUUUUUUCUGAUUGAAACAAAACAAGCAAAAGCACGAAGCAUUUUUUUUACAAUAACAAUCCAACGUGUCAACGCAAGAAACUCACAUUUUGACAAAUCUCACGUGAGAUUGGGGGAUGUGGUUGAAUAAAAUCUCACGACAUCUCACCAGGUGGAGGGAGGGGCAGAAAAUUUAAAAAAACACCUCACGUACUUUAUGGACGCCCCCUAACAAUGGGGAGAAAAAUUUACCGCUCUAAGUAGAUGACGCCGGUGGCAAGAGGUAGUCAUCUGUCAAGGUUUUUAUACGUCAUUUUAACAAAUUAAAAAAAAAUGUGUUCUUUAUUGUCUGUGCCAUAAUUAAAAAAGAACAUUAAUGCUGGAAAAAGCCAUUUUUGUUAUAAAAACGUGAACUAUUUUCAAAAAUUACUUAUUUUUGAUUUUUUCAGUGAAAUUUGACAGAAGUCAUUGCUAUGACUACAGACCACAGAGUACUUUGCACUUUAUAUAUAAAGUGUUUUUUGUAUAUCUGUGGUACAUUUAGUGCUACUCUUGAUUAUGCUGACAUCUAUAGUAAG